AUGCAAGGCAAGGCAAGGCAAGGGCAAGGCAUAGGCAAAGCAUGGGAAGGCAAUGGUAAGGAAAGGCAAGGCAAGGCAAGGCAAGGCAAGGCAAGGCAAGGGCAAGGCAUAGGCAAAGCAUGGGAAGGCAAUGGUAAGGAAAGGCAAGGCAAGGCAAGGCAAGGAAAGGAAAGGCAAGGCAAGGCAAGGCAAGGCAAGGCAAGGCAAGGCAAGGCAAGGCAAGGAAAGGAAAGGAAAGGCAAGGCAAGGCAAGGAAAGGCAAAGCAAGGCAAGGCAAGGCAAGGCAAGGGCAAGGCAUAG